AUGGAUCGCAGUUGGAUGUAUGGUACAAGGACCACAAUGCAAUUCAUACAAGGGGUGGAGGAGUUUGUCGCAUGUGCGGUUGAAAAUCAGUUGAAAAACGGAGACGAGUCAAUACUUUGCCCUUGUUCAAACUGUGAUUAUGCUAGAAGGUUUCGUAAUGUUGAUCAAAUCAGGGAACAUUUGACAUGUCGUGGCUUUAGGUUGAACUAUAUAAGGUGGAUAUGGCAUGGUGAGAGUAUAACUCAUGGGGAGAGCAAUAUUAACUUUGUGCACAAGGGAUGCGAUUUCGUAGGGGAUAAUGAUAGCCAUGAUAACAAUAUUGAUAACUUGGACAUUGAUGUUGAGGAUGAUGAGAUUAAUGAGAUGAUGCAAGAUGUAGAAGACAAUUUGAAUGAUCGACCUAGUACGUAUGAGACUUUGUUAGGUGCUGCAAAAAAGCCAUUGUAUCCAGAUUUGGAAGACAUGUUUCCAGAGGGGAAUGGACUUCCAAUAUCUACAUAUCAAGUAAACAAGAUGCUUUGUCCUAUGGGUAUGGAGUAUCAAAAAAUACGUGCAUGCCCGAAUGAUUGUAUAUUGUAUCGUAAUGAGUACAAAGAUCUCCAUAUGUGUCCACGAUGUGGGUUGUCACGCUACAAGUGUAAGAAGGGGGAUGGUACAAUAGAUGAAAAAGGACCUCCAUCAAAGGUGUUGUGGUAUCUUCCAAUUAUACCAAGAUUUAAGUGCUUUUUUUCAAAUAAGGAAGAAGUAAAGAAUUUAAUAUGGCACGUUGAAGGGAGAAAGAAAGAAGAAAUUCUUAGACAUCCUGCAGAUUCUCUACAGUGGAAAUCCAUUGAUAAGGAGUUCCCCGAAUUUGGUACUAAAAUGAGAAAUUUAAGGCUUGGUCUAUGUACUGAUGAGCCAAAACAACCGGGAAAUGACAUCUAUGUUUACCUUGCACCUCUCAUUGAUGACUUGAAAUUAUUGUGGGGUGAAGGUGUUGAUGUGUUUGAUUCUUACACUAAAACAAACUUUAGGUUACGGGCUAUGAUAUUCUGUACAAUUAACGAUUUUCCUGCGUACGUUAACUUAUUAGAUUACACAAAUAAGGGGGCAAAAGCAUGUCCGAUAUGUGAAGAUAAUAUGGUGGAUGAGUAUUUAGAUUUUUAUGGAAAGAUUGUUUAUAUGCACACUCGUACAUUUUUACCUCUCGAUCACCCUUAUAGGAAGAUGAAAAAACCCUUUAAUGGGAAAGUUGAGAUCGGAGUUGCUUGGUCUCCCCUUACUGGUAGUGAAGUGUAUGAGCGGGUGAAAAAUAUCAGCACACCUUAUGGAAAGCCAUAUACGGCUAAAAAAGGAAGCCUUUAUAAGAAGAAGUCCCCAUUGUGGGAUCUCUCGUAUUUGAAUCAUUUAGAGAGCUUUAUUGAUUGUUUACGUGGCAUUAAAGUUCCAUCUGGUUAUUCAUCAAACAUAAAAAGACUUGUGUCCAAAAAUGAAUUGAAUUUGGUAGGUAUGAAGUCUCAUGAUUGCCAUGUCAUGAUGCAACAAUUUCUUCCAAUUGCAAUUCGAGGGAUUUUACCAAAGCAUGUGAGGAAUGCCAUUACAAGACUUUGCUUCUUUUUCAGUGCAAUUUUCAGUAAAGAGGUUGAUCCCAAGUCUUUAGAUGAUCUACAAGCAGAAGUUAUUGUCACUUUGUGUCAAUUUGAAAUGUAUUUUCCACCGUCAUUCUUCGAUGUAAUGGUACAUGUGAUUGUGCAUCUCGUUCAAGAAAUCAAAAUAUGUGGUCCAUUGUAA